GGAAUCUGUCAAAGUCAGCUGUGUUGUUUUGUGUUGAUUUCAGUCGGAACUGUUUUGUAGCUAAUGUAAAUAAAUUACAAUAUGAAGUACAUGAAAAGUGAUUUAUUCAAACUGAGUCAUUUCUUCCGAAGACGAGCUUUAUGUUCUCGUUACGUUUCUACAAACAUUGAGAAGUGGCAAAGUGUGGUGGGGUUAGAAGUGCACGCUCAACUCAAUACUGAAUCGAAACUAUUUUCUGGUGCUCAAAACACUUUUGGUGGGCUUGUGAACAAUUGUGUUUCUCUAUUUGACGCUGCUAUACCGGGAACUUUGCCUGUACUUAAUAGAAAAUGCGUGGAACUGGGCAUAAUGACUGCGCUAGCUCUGUCCUGUAAGAUCAAUGAAGUGUCCACUUUUGACAGAAAACAUUAUUUCUACGCUGACUUGCCGUCAGGAUAUCAAAUAACACAACAAAGAGCGCCCUUGGCUAGUGACGGCGUUAUUGAUUUUCAGGUGUAUACUCCAGGCAUCCACAAAAAGCCAUACAAAAAGAGUUCAAAGAUAAAACAGAUUCAAUUAGAGCAAGACAGUGGCAAAUCUCUACAUGAUGCAGAACUUAAGCGUAGCCUCGUGGAUCUCAAUCGAGCUGGGGCUCCGCUUAUUGAGCUAGUCUUUGAACCUGACUUAGAAGAUGGUGAAGAAGCGGCGGCGUUGGUGAAAGAGCUGGUGUUAGUGGUGCAGAGAAUUGGCGCAUGUUCCGGACGCAUGGAGGAGGGUGCGCUCCGAGUGGACGCUAAUGUUUCGAUACGCCGUCCCGGGGCUCCACUGUCGACUAGGACGGAGAUAAAGAACAUUGGCUCCGUGAGAGGUGUAGCUGGAGCGAUUCGUCACGAAAUCGAACGCCAACGGAACAUUCUGGAGAACGGUGGACGGAUCACAAAUGAGACUCGAUCUUGGGACGCUGUUAAUAAGGUCACAAUCGCUAUGCGGGACAAGGAGGUCGUCCAGGACUACAGAUUUAUGCCGGAGCCAAAUCUACCGCCUCUAAGAGUCAAUCUGAAAACCAAAGAAGAUAGUCGAGACGUCAUCAGUGUGCCUCUCAUACAAGAACGAAUACCAGAACUUCCAGCGGAGACCAGAAGAAAUCUCAUAGAAAAAUCCCAACUCAGACCAGAAACUGCAGUACAACUCGUCAAUGAACCACUUUUACUAAAACACUUCCAAGAUUUGACGUUGGACAAAGAAAGAGAUCCAAUUAAAGUAGCCAACCUAUUGAUAAAUGACCUAUUGACAGUUCUGAACAAAUGUAAAAUUGAUCCAGAAAAAUGUCCCGUUACAAAGAAGCAGCUUGUUGAAUUAGUCGAUCUGUUUUUGUCAAAAGAAAUCAAUUUAGAAGUUUGCCGCAACAUUUUAAAUGAACUCGUAACAUCAGAAAUUGAUAAAGACAAACCAAUUGUGGAUUUAGUUCACCAAAAAGGUUGGGCUCUCGUCACAGACACUGAAAUCAUAACACAACUGUGUAAAGAAGUACUUGAUAACAAUCCGAAAUUGGUCAAACAAUAUAAAGAUGGUAAAACGAAGGUGUUCAAAGCGUUAAUGGGUAUACUCGCGAAAAAUUCUCGAAGUAAAUACGACAUGUCUUUGGUGUCCAAGAUUAUGGAAGAUUUACUUAAAAAGUGA